GGUGAAGGGUAGUCCCAGGUAGUCCGCUGUCUUUUGUUUGUUUGUGGUGGUGGUGUCUGUCAAAAAGGCAGAAAGGACUUACUUUAAUCAUUUUCUGUUUGUCUUGCUGUGUGAUUUUGCGCUUGGAAGUAUAUUUUAUUUUACACUUGACCACAAACUUCUUUGUGCCUUGCAUUCGAUUCAUUUGGAGUGGCCCCUAUCUUUUUAAGACUAUGAAUGGAAUAGUUCAAGAUGAGCCUGCUGUUAAUAAAUGGUGGUGUGCUAACCGGACGAGAGUUUUGUAUGCCCCCGUUCCAAAGCUUUCGGAGGACAGUCUUUCAGCACGGGAAGAGGAGGAGACAUGGCUCAAACGCAAUCUGCGGUUUCAGACAGAAAUUACAUGGCUCCUGUCUCUUGAGCACCACAGGUUUUGGUCCCAGAUUUUGUUCAGUGCACAUUCCAUGGAUGGUUUGAUAUCAUUUCUUCAGGAAGCUCUUCCUUACUAUGUGCUUCCUGAAUUCCUGGUAGCUCCCCGUUUGGAGGAGGCCUACCAUAGAACAGCGGAGCUAGUGUUUCAAGCAUUUAUGAGACUAGGUGUAUUUGAUUCUAAGUUUCUCAGUUAUUUUCCUGUACAAAAGCAAGCUGAACUUGUUUAUGAACAUCAUGUUUUCACUCUACCAAUAAUCCUAGACCUGUGCCACUUAUUUGGGAGAGAAAAUCGCCAAGCUAUAUCCAGCCUUGUGGAGAUAUUAUUUAGGAAUCAGCCUAGAUAUUUGACUGACAUUCCACAAAUUGUAACAUUCUUAGAAGAGGCAUUUAAGAUACUUACUCAUAGCUUUUGUGGGGCUGCCUCUAUUCUUAGUGUCUAUGGAGAACCUGCUCCUUUGGCCUUUGGUAAUGACCAAACUCGUCUAGAAGACAUGUCAUCUGAGCAGUGUAGAGAUAAGUUGCUUUAUCUUCUAGAUACUGUUGCCACUGGGGCUGCAUUUCUAGACUUAUGCAGCCCUGCAAGUCAUGAUUUUCGUAGGCGGCAUUUUCAUAGCAGGCUGGCUAUGUUUUACAAUGAAGCUAUACCUCGUGUGGAAAAGAAAAUAGAAUCCAUUGGCUGUAGUGAGGACCAAAUUUCCCAAUAUGUAGAUCUUAAACAUAAACUAAGCCUUGCUAAGAUGGAAAUUUUACGACUUUUUAAAUCAAUAAGUCUAAGUUAUGUUCAGAGUCUACUUGAAAACAGAGAUGACAUGAGUGAAGAAGAGCUAAAGAAAAGUGUGGAUGACUACAUGACAAUGCUGACAGACUGUCUUUCUGAGCAGACUUUUGUGAGAGAUUACAAUGCUGUGUAUGGAAUAGACAAUGAUCUGGAUACUAUAGCUCAGAUCUCUCCUGAUCUUGAUACAAUAAAAUACAAUUAUCUUAUGGAAUCAGUAUUAUCUUCCUAUUCUCUUCCCAAGAAGAAGGAUCUGAAUGCUACUUGUUUUAAGCCCAAAUCCUCUUCUCAAGCUAAAACAAACCAGUUACUAGUUGAAGAUGGGCCAUCAACAAGCUCAUCAAGCUCUGCUACAGGGAACUGUCCAUCGGGAGUUGAGCUGGAUUCAUUAAUAUCAGAAGUUAAAGACAUCUUACCUGAUCUUGGGGAUGGUUUUGUGCAGCGUUGUCUACAGCAUUUUAAUUAUCAAAGCCAUGCUGUGAUAAAUGCAGUACUUGAAGAUUCUUUGCCUCAAGAAUUAAGCAAUCUUGAUAGAAGUGCUUCUCACAUCACAGGUCUCUUGAAUGAAAAGGAUCCAUCAACUGUGAAGAGGUACAAUGUUUUUGAUAAUGAUGAAUUUGAUAUUAUGACCAGAGAUCAUAUUGAUACCUCAAGAGUCCAUAAGGGCAAAAGGAAAAAUUUACCGAAGAAUGCAUUUGAUCUAUUAAAUGACAAAACUGAGGUAAAGGCUCUGAGGGACCUUUAUCAUCGCUUUGGAACUGUUGACACAACAGGAAGUAUGUAUGAUGAUGAAUAUGAUGACACAUAUGAUGAUGAUCUGGCAAUUGAAGAAGCUGGAGAAAUUGAACAGAGACGAAAUUUUGUUGUGCCACGCGUUCUUCGAUCAAAUGAAGAGGUUGAAAGUGAGGAAGUAAGUGGAAAUGAGGAGAAUGACACAGAAAAGAUUCCUCCACCCAAAAAUGCAUUCUGUGAGGAUCCUGCAGCAGUUCGAGCGAGGAGGGAAAGGCAGUGGGCUGACAGGAUGCAGCAAAGAGGUGGUGGAAGGAGCAAGGGGAAAAGCGGUGGUAGUUCUUCUAGUGGUGAAAAGAAAUUUGAUGUUGUUGGUAAACCUAAAGGGCAAGGCCAAGAUAAGCAAGUUACACAAAAUCGAGACCACAAAAAUACAAAUAAAUCUGCAAGGGCCAAUCAUAAUCGAAGAUCUGGAGCAUCUCAUAAAAGAAACCAAGGAAUGAUACCAUCAUAAUUUGAUUGAUAGCUAAUUUUGUGUUCCUUUCAUUCAUCUCAAAGAAACUUGGAGUUUGAUGUGACAUUGCUGGAAAUCUCAAUUGAGGCUGUGCAUGAUUGAAAGAGCCUCUAUUCCUCCAUAGAUUUUUAACUAAUCCUAACUGAUGUGACUGUUUGGAUAAUUGGUUUGAUUGAUACAUUUGAGACACAUUAAGAGAAAUACCAAUACUUGAUGGUAGUAGCAACAUAAGUACCCUGUUACCCUCUGCUGGCUCAGAUAUUGUUGCAAGUUGCAAAAAGUUUCAGGUUUAUAAAAUUAUUGCUUUUGGGAGAUUAAAGUUAUUUCUUUUA